GUAGAUAUAUCUUGGAUAGAGCAAUUAGUACAAUUCACAAUGACUUCAGGUAGAAGCAACAGCCUCUCUCUCAUCGCAGACAUCUCCCCAUCCUACUGUCCCUCCCGCGUCCGCAAAUGGUUCUCCUCCCGCACCGGCCUCCAGCUCGUGCUCGUGGACCAGGACCGGCCCAUCGUCGAGGGCUACUUUGCUGUCGCGACCGAGAUCGAGGAUGAUUCCGGCUGUCCUCAUACUCUCGAACACCUCAUCUUCAUGGGAUCCGCCGAUCAUCCCUACAAAGGCCUCCUCGACACCCUCGGCAACCGCGCCUUCUCCUCCACAAACGCAUGGACGGCCACAGACUCAACCGUCUACACCCUCUCCACCGCAGGCUGGCAGGGCUUCCGCUCCCUUCUCCCCGUCUACCUCGACCAUCUCGUGCGCCCGACGCUCUCCGACGCGGCCUGCUACACCGAAGUCUACCACGUCGACGGCAAGGGUCAUGAGAAGGGCGUCGUCUUUAGCGAAAUGCAGGGCGUCGAGAACGAGGCUUCGACCAUCGCGAACCUCCACGCAAAGAAGAUUCUCUACCCCGACUCAUCUGGCUACUCCUCCGAGACCGGCGGCCUCAUGGGCGCCCUGCGCGUGCUCACGAACGACCGCAUCAGACAAUUCUACGAAGCCCUCUACCGCCCCGACAACCUCUGCCUCAUCAUCGUCGGCUCCGUCGACGCCGACGAGCUUCUCGAGACCGUUGCCGAAUUCGACGCCACCCUGCCAGAUCUCGACCCUGCCUCUAAAAAACCCCGGCCGUUCGUCGACUCGCCGCCCGUGCCCCGGCUCCAGCAAACGACCGUCAAACUCGUCGAUUUCCCAGACAAAGACGAGUCCUCCGGCCACGUCCUCAUCUCCUUCCAAGGCCCGCCGGCCACCGACGUGCUCACAAACACGGCGCUUCAUGUGCUGCUGACCUACCUCACCGAAUCAGACGUCUCGCUGCUCCGCAAGAAGCUAGUCGAGAUCGAAGUCCCGCUCGCGACCGAGAUCGAGUCUUACACCGAAGACUUCAUCGACACCGAACUCGACCUCUGGCUCCGCAACGUGCCCACAUCCAAACUCGAGCUCGUGCACGCGACCCUGUUUGACGUUCUUCGCGAGCACGCCGACGCUGCUCGCAACGAGUUUGAUCUCGGCCGCAUGCGCGACGUCAUCCGUCGCGAAAAGCUGCAGUUCAUGCUCCAUUCCGAGCGGUACCCGUCCACGCUCGCGACCCUGGCAAUCACCGACUUUCUCUACGGCGACCGCGAGACUGGAAAGUCACUCGUCAACCUCGUCGGCGACCUCGACGACUACGAGACCGUGCUGGGGUGGGAGGUCAGCGACUGGCUUGAUCUGAUGCACAAGUGGCUGCUCGACGUUCCGCACGUCGCGAUCCUCGCGCAGCCAUCGGCUUCGCUGGCCAAGAAAAUCAGAUUGGACGGCAAAGAGCGCGUGCGCAAGACGCGCGAAGAGCUAGGCGAGCAAGGGCUCGAGCAGCUGGCAAAGAAGCUAAAGUCCGCGCAGGACGAGAAUAACCGCAAGAUCCCCGACGACCUGCUCGAGCAGUUCCCUGCGCCGGAUCCGGCGAAAGUGCGGUUCAUUAAGACUGCUACGGGAAGAGCGGGGCUUGCGCUGGCGGAGGGGCAGCAGCAGAGUGGGAGCGAGGUGCAGGAGAUUCUUGAUAAGGACGGAGCGAGAGAGGCGCCGGUGUAUGUGCACUACGAGCACAUAAAGUCCAACUUUGCAACCCUGUCGGUCGUGCUUUCGACGUCAGUUGUUCCCGAGGACAAACUCCCGCUGCUCAACAUCCUACUCGCCAAUUUCUACGCGACCCCGAUCGAGCUCGACGACGGCAGCGUGCUGGAUUACGAGGCGGUAGUGACGCGACUGAAGCGCGACACGCUCUCAAACUCGUACUCGAGCGGCUACGACGGCGAGUUUGACGAGCUGCUCACACUCGAUUUCGAGUUUGUCCCCGAAAACUACGCAAAGGUGGUGGACUGGCUGCGGCUGCUGAUGUGGCGGUCAAAGUUCGACGUCGCGAGGCUGCAGAUUGUGGUCGAGAAGAUGGCGAUGGGGAUUCCCGAGAUGAAGCGUACGGGGACGACGGUGGUGCGGUCUGCGACGCGGAGGCUGCUGUUUACACCGCGGUCGGCGGCGCGGGUGCUCGACGAGCUGGAUUUUGAGGAUCGGUUGCAGGAGGUCAGCGCGCUGUUGAAGAGUGAUCCGCAGGCGGUCGUCGACGAGUUGGAGCAGAUCCGAGCCGCGCUGUUCACGGUCGAAAACAUGAGACUGAUUGUAUGCUCUGAUGUGACGAAGCUAGUCGAUCCCGUGUCGUCGUUCACAAAGAUCUUGCUUAAAGACAAGAAGUCAGCAGCAGCAGCCUCGCUCGUGCCAAUCACCCGCACGCUCGAGAACCUGACUCCCGAAGGCGCAAGUCUGGGCGGGAAAGCAUAUCUCCUGCCGGUCCCCUCGACCGAGUCCUCGUACGCAACCGUAUUUGCAAACGGCCCGACCGCGUUCGACGACGCGGACGUGCACGCGAUCGCGGUCGCAUGCUCGUACCUCGAAGCGGUCGAGGGCCCGUUCUGGCGGGGUAUCCGCGGCGACGGACUUGCGUACGGCGCCGGGAUGCUGCGGUCGAUUGAGUCAGGGCGGAUCGGGUUCCGGGUGUAUCGGGCCGCGGACGCGUUGGUUGCGAUUGAGCGGGCGCGGGAGAUUGUGGGCGGGUACGCGGCUGGCAAGACUGAGUUUGAAAAGUUGCUGGUCGAGGGAGCUGUGAGCAUGAUUGUGUCUGCUGCGGCGGAGGCGGAUAAUAACCCGGUCGACGCGGCGGAGCGCAAGUAUUUACAGGAGGUGAUUAAGGGAUUAGGCAGUGGUGCGAACGAGAAGUUUUUGGCGGGGAUCAGGGAGGUUACGAGCGAGGAUCUGGUGCGGGUUAUGAAGCGGUGGUUUGUGCCGUUGUUUAGGACGGAGAGCGCGAGCGUGUUUGUGGCGUGUAAUCCGAGUAAGACGGAGGGGUUGAGGGGGGAUUUUGAGAGGUUGGGGUAUGAGGUUGUUGUUGAUCCGUUUGAUAGUUUGAAGAGGGUGGGGGAGGAGGGGAGUGAGGAGGAGAGUGAGGAGGGAAGUGGGGAGGGGAGUGAGGAGGAGGAGGAUUCGAGUGAUGAGGAGGAGAGCGAGGAGAGUGAGGAUAGCGACGAUGAUAGCGAUUAGAUGUACAUACACACAUACACACAUACAUAAAUACAACAACAACAAUAACAGCGAUAUCC